AUGUAUCUUGCAGGCCUUUCUCCUCCUUCCCUGCAGGAGGAUUUGGACCUGAUCAAGAUCAAAGGACGGCAAGGUACCAAAGUAAUAACGGGCGCUUUGAAAUUGGGCGGCUGUGGGGCCGGACGCCUAAAAAGCGAGGGAAUUCAAUCCAAGCUGGAGUGGAGGGACGGAAUUAUCGCUGAUCAGAUCCAGCUAAUUCCGCAAAUCACCUCCUGUUUAUCCAGGAAACCAGGCCUGAAGCUACCAAAUCAAUAUAUACCGGGGUUUCGUCUCCGGAAAGUAACGAAGGUCGGGGCGGGGAACGGCAGAAUAUGGGCCUAG